AUGCAUCUUAAAUCUUACGUGACCGCCGCUCUAUACGGGCUGCCCGCCCUGGCAAGUGCGGCACCACCGCCUCCACCCUCGCACCCUGCGCCUCCCGCGCCGCCUGCGAUGGGAAGUGGUCCCGGCGCUGAUGCCGCCCACACGAAGACCUACACGAUCAAGGCGGAGAACAUCACCGCGAAGCUGAUUCCGCACGGCGCGCGACUCACCUCCUUGCUAGUCCCAGACCGCAAUGGAAACGUCCAGGAUGUCGUCGUCGGCUACGACGACCCGAAGGAGUAUCUGCAUGACAGUCAGACGAUUCGCUCCUUCUUCGGCCCGGUCGUCGGUCGCUACGCAAACCGUAUCAAGAACGGCACGUUCACCAUCGACGGCAAUGACUACCACGUUCCCGAGAAUGAGAACGGCGGCGCCGACACACUCCACGGAGGUGUUGUCGGAUACGACAUGCGCAACUGGACCGUCACCGCGCACAGCGAGUCCUCCGUCACCUUCACUCUCUUCGACGAAGGCUUCCAGGACUUCCCCGGCGACGUCGUCUCCCACGCGACAUUCAGCGUGUCCACCGAAAAGAGCCCCCAAAACCCCAAAGGUCUUCCGCAGCUAACCACCAAGCUGGUCUCUCUUUCCCUGACCGAGAAAACACCCAUCAUGCUCGCAAACCACAUCUUCUGGAACCUGAACGCCUUCAGAGAACCCACCGUGCUCAAGGACACAAGUCUCCAACUCCCCCUCUCGCACCGCUUCAUCGGCGGCGACAGCAUCCUCAUCCCCAACGGCACAAUCCACGACGUCAAAACCGCCUACGGCGGCGCAUUGGAUUUCACAAGCCCCAAGCUCAUCGGCAAGGACAUCGAAAAGACUGCCGGGCUAUGCGGUGCCGGCUGCACAGGCUACGACACCUGCUUCCUCGUCGACAGACCCCCGACCAGCGCACCAAACUCCUUCGAUACCGUCCUGCACGCUGAGUCUAGCACGACCGGUAUCAGCCUCGAUGUCGCGACUAACCAGGCUGCCGUGCAGAUUUACACUUGCGAUGGACAGGACGGCACAAUCGCUACCAAGGAGUCGCAAGCUAAGCGCAAUAAGGCGGAGACUGGACAUGCUGGCGCCAGUGUUGUUAACCAGUAUGGUUGCUUUGUUAUUGAGACUGAGGAUUGGAUUGAUGGCAUCAAUAACCCCGAAUGGGGUCGCGUUCCCUACCAGGUCUUUGGACCCGAGGAUGGGCCUGCUGUCAACUGGGCUACCUACCAGUUUGGUACUGUCUAG